AAAUGUGUCUGUCGUUUCAAAAAGAAACUCGUUUGUUUCUAGCUAAGUUUUCUCUCAGAUUUCACUACACCUUUAAAUGGCGCGAGCCUCGCAGUAAGAGGAAGGCGGGGUCGCGCGGCGCGUGUGUGUGAAAAUCUCGUGAUUGUCCAACAGUAUCUCUGAGCGCGCGGCUCUCUGUAACUGCAAGCGAGCACAGAACGAGGCAAGUACACGCGGGUAAAAACAUCCUCACAAGACCGCGAAAAAACGUUAUUAGGCGGCGUGGACCAAACGUAUAGAGCCUGUUGGGAAUGUAAUGUGGAUUAUUACGCUUUGGGAUAUUUUUACGAAACUGAGCUAUUGUGCGCUAGACGGGGCAGAGUAACCGUAUGGACUACAUUACCCACAAGGCAUCAUGCAGACUGCGCUGGUUUCCCUAAAUACAGAAAGAGUCCGACCUGGAGGACCUGUCUGGAUGAUUGAGGUCUGAGGAGAUACCAGAAUAAAACAACACCUCAGCUGACACACAGCACCUCAUCUGCUUGUCUUCUCAAGUCGAUCCGUUCCAGGAAGAAGUACUUUUAUUGUCGCCUGACAGAGAUUGGAUUGUUGUGCAAUGUCAUUGGCCUUAUGACUGUUAUUUAAGACUGUUCUCCCUCCUAACUCCCUCUCCUCUUUUAGGAUAUUUUUCGUUUGUCGCUGCGUUGACGAUCUCACCUCUUCUCUAGCAUCUCUGGGUAUACUGUGGGAUGUACUUUGGAUAUACUGACCUUUGAACCAAAGCGAAUUCAAUGAUUUCCUCCUGUUCAGGAUAAUAACCCCAAAUCUCCAGCACUUUUACAAUGAAUUUCUUCAGAUUCCCAGUCCAGUUGCAGCUGCUGAUCAGUACUGUGCUUGGGCCCUGCUUGGGCCUGGAGUUUACAGGGUCACAAGGCCAGUGGGCACGCUAUCUCCGCUGGGACGCCAGCACCAGAAGUGACCUCAGCUUCCAGUUCAAAACAGACGUGUCCACCGCCUUAAUCCUGUACUUUGACGAUGGCGGCUUCUGCGACUUCCUGCAACUCAUGGUGGUCGAAGGGAAGCUCCAGUUGCAGUUCAGCAUCGACUGCGCCGAGACCACAGUCGUAUCGGACAAGCGAGUCAAUGACAGCAGCUGGCAUUCUGCCACCCUGAGCAGGUACAACCUGAGAACUGUGCUGGGGCUGGACGGAGCGAGCAAAUCGGGCGAGGUGCGGCCACAAAGGCAGUACAUGAAGAUCGUUAGUGAUCUCUUCCUGGGCGGAGUCCCUCAAGAUAUUCGCAUCUCUGUGCUCACUCUCCCGACAGUGAAGGAUCUUCCGCCGUUUAAGGGAAUUAUCAGGGAACUGAAGUACAGUAACAAGGAACCUAUUCUACUAAGCAGCCAGAGGGUCCGCAUGGACAUAGAGGGCAUCUGCAUGGAGAACCCAUGCGAGAACGGAGGAACGUGCUCCGUUGUGGAUGGGGAACCGCUUUGUGAUUGUUCUAAGACGGAAUAUGUUGGCCGAUUCUGCAACGAAGAGGCCAACAGCAUCCCAGGAUUUGCACACAUGAUGAUGGCUGAUCAAGCCAAAGGCAAAGCACGAGAAGAGAACGUUGCCACUUUCAGAGGUUCUGAGUACUUCUGCUACGACUUGUCUCAGAAUCCCAUCCAGAGCAGCAGCGAUGAGAUUACAUUGUCCUUCAAGACCUGGCAAAGAAAUGGCCUUAUCCUUCACACGGGCAAGUCAGCAGACUACGUCAACCUGGCCCUGAAAGAUGGGGCCGUUUCACUGGUCAUCAACUUGGGUUCCGGAGCCUUCGAGGCCAUUGUCGAGCCUGUCAAUGGAAAAUUCAACGACAACGCCUGGCAUGACGUGAAAGUCACACGCAACCUCAGACAGCAUUCAGGUAUUGGACACGCUAUGGUAAACAAACUACAUUGUCUGGUGACAAUAUCUGUGGACGGCAUCCUGACCACAACAGGCUAUACGCAGGAGGACUACACAAUGCUGGGAUCAGAUGAUUUCUUCUACGUCGGAGGAAGUCCAAGCACAGCAGACUUGCCUGGGUCGCCCGUCAGCAACAACUUUAUGGGUUGCCUGAAAGAGGUUGUUUACAAAAACAAUGACAUCCGGCUGGAACUCUCCCGGCUCGCUCGUAUCGUGGAUCCCAAAAUGAAGAUCCAGGGAGAUGUGGUGUUCAAGUGUGAGAAUGUGGCCACCCUGGACCCCAUCUCAUUUGAGACGCCCGAGGCCUACAUCAGCCUACCCAAGUGGAACACCAAACGCAUGGGCUCCAUCUCCUUCGAUUUUCAUACCACCGAACCAAACGGCCUUAUUCUCUUCACCCACGGGAAGCCGCAGGAAAGAAAGGAUGCCCGUAGCCAAAAGAACACAAAAGUGGACUUUUUUGCAGUUGAGCUUCUGGAUGGAAGUUUGUACCUGCUGCUGGACAUGGGCUCUGGGACGAUUAAAGUGAAGGCCACACAGAACAAGGUGAACGACGGGGCCUGGUAUCAUGUGGACAUCCAACGAGAUGGAAGAUCAGGCACCAUAUCUGUUAACAGCCGUCGCACUCCGUUCACCGCCAGUGGUGAAAAUGAGAUCCUGGACCUAGAGGGUGACAUGUACCUGGGCGGCCUCCCCGAUAACCGGGCCGGCCUUAUCCUUCCCACCGAACUAUGGACCGCCAUGCUAAACUACGGCUACGUGGGAUGCAUUCGGGACCUGUUCAUUGACGGUCGCAGUAAGGACAUCAGGCAAAUCGCUGAGGCCCAGAACGGUGCAGGCAUCAAACCUUCCUGCAACAAGAUGUCAGGCAAACAGUGCGACAGCUAUCCGUGCAAGAACAAAGGCGUGUGCAAAGAAGGAUGGAAUCGCUUUAUCUGUGACUGCACAGGCACCGGAUACUGGUCCCGCACAUGUGAGAGGGAGGCGUCCAUCUUGAGCUACGACGGGAGCAUGUACAUGAAAGUGGUGAUGCCUAAUGUGAUGCACACUGAAGCGGAGGACGUGUCCCUUCGCUUCAUGUCUCAGCGGGCGUACGGCCUGCUCAUGGCCACCACCUCACGCGACUCCGCCGAUACUCUUCGGCUAGAGCUGGACGGCAGUCGCGUCAAACUCACGGUCAACUUAGACUGUAUCAGGAUAAACUGUAACUCCAGCAAAGGACCAGAGACACUGUAUGCCGGACAAAAACUCAAUGAUAAUGAAUGGCAUACUGUGCGCGUGAUCCGGAGGGGCAAAAGCUACAAGCUAACGGUUGACGAUGACGUAGCAGAAGGUCAGAUGGUGGGCGAUCACACCCGGUUAGAGUUCCACAACAUCGAGACGGGCGUAAUGACCGAGCGCCGUUUCAUCUCCAUGAUCCCCUCCAGUUUCAUCGGUCACCUGCAGAGCCUCAAGUUCAAUGGCAUGCUCUACAUCGACCUGUGCAAGAACGGUGAUAUCGACUACUGCGAGCUCAACGCUCGCUUUGGCAUGCGCUCCAUCAUCGCAGACCCCGUGACGUUCAAGUCAAAGAGCAGUUACCUGAGUCUAGCCACCUUGCAGGCUUACACAUCCAUGCACCUUUUCUUCCAGUUCAAGACGACCUCUCCAGAUGGAUUUAUCCUCUUCAACAGCGGGGAUGGAAGUGAUUUCAUCGCUGUAGAACUGGUGAAAGGGUACAUACAUUACGUGUUCGAUCUUGGCAACGGGCCCAAUGUAAUCAAGGGCAACAGUGACCGAGCUCUCCAUGACAACCAGUGGCAUAACGUUGUCAUCACUAGAGACAACAGUAACGUCCACACGCUCAAAGUCGAUGCCAAGGCAGUGAGUCAGGUCGUCAAUGGCGCUAAAAAUCUGGACCUUAAAGGUGACCUCUACAUCGCUGGAUUGGGGCCCAACAUGUAUAACAACCUGCCGAAACUUGUGGCCUCCAGGGAUGGUUUUAAGGGUUGCCUGGCAUCUGUGGACCUGAACGGACGCCUGCCUGACCUCAUAAACGACGCCUUGUUCCGCAGCGGUCAGAUCGAGCGAGGAUGCGAAGCAUCCAAAAGUGAACUUGGUUUCACCAAAGCAGAUCUACAAGGUCCUAGCACUACAUGCCAAGAAGACUCCUGUGCCAACAUGGGGAUCUGCAUCCAGCAGUGGGAGAACUACACCUGCGACUGUUCAAUGACCUCCUACACAGGGACGCAGUGUAAUGACCCUGGAACAACAUAUAUCUUUGGGAAAGGAGGAGGGCUCAUAACCUUUAACUGGCCGGCCAACGAGCGCCCGAGCACCCGUACAGACAGGCUGACAGUGGGCUUUAGCACCUCGCUCAAGGAUGGCAUCCUGAUCCGCAUCGACAGUGCCCCCGGCCUGGGAGACUACCUCAUGCUCCACAUUGAGCAAGGCAAAAUUGGAGUCACAUUCAACAUAGGAACGUCUGACAUCACUGUUCAGGAGAGCAGCACCGCUGUAAAUGACGGCAAGUACCAUGUAGUGCGCUUCACCCGAAAUGGGGGCAAUGCUACACUUCAGGUGGACAACUGGGCCAUCAAUGAGUACUUCCCCUCAGGUAACAGCGAUAAUGAGAGAAUUCAAAUGGCCAAUAAGAAAAUUCCUUUCAAAUAUGCCCGGCCCGUAGAGGAAUGGCUUCAGGAGAAAGGGCGGCAGUUAACGAUAUUCAACACCCAGGCCACGAUAACAAUUGGUGGUUCAGACCGCAAGAGGCCAUUUCAGGGCCAGCUCUCUGGACUCUACUACAACGGCCUCAAAGUGCUCAACAUGGCGGCUCAGGGCAACCCUAACAUCAAAAUCAAUGGCAGCGUCCGCCUGGUCGGGGAAGUUCCCUCCGCAGGUUCAGCCAGAACCACGGCUCUCCCUCCGGAGAUGUCCACCACCUUUAUCGAGACCACCACCACCAUGUCCACCACCACCAUGAGAAAACACCCACCCACAAUACAGACCACGGACGACAUGGUCUCUUCGGCCGAAUGCUCCAGUGACGACGAGGACUUUGCUGAGUGCGAAGGACAUGCAGGUGGGCUAGCAAUCCCCACGGAGCCGGGCAUCAGGCGGGUUCCGGGGGCCUCCGAGGUGGUCCGUGAAUCUAGCAGCACCACCGGAAUGGUCGUCGGGAUAGUUGCCGCUGCUGCUUUGUGCAUCCUAAUUCUGCUGUACGCCAUGUAUAAGUACAGAAACAGGGACGAGGGAUCCUACCAAGUGGACGAGACCAGGAAUUACAUAACCAACUCGGCGCAGAGCAAUGGAGCAGUCAUGAAGGACAAGCAGCAGAGCGCGAAAAGCGGCAACAAGAAACAGAAAAACAAGGACAAGGAGUACUACGUGUGAGAACGUCCCAAUCGUCGCCCGUCGCUUCGACCGAACUUUGAGCUGUCGGGCGCUGCGCCGAGAGAGGGCGACAGGAGCCGAACCCCGGCGCUGCGCCGAGAAGGCGAACUCUGACGCGAACUGUACCAUAAAGCACACUUACAACCGUAAGCAUACCGCGAAGGUAAAAAUAGCAAACAUUAGUGACCUUAUUCCUCUAUCUGGUCGGAGACGUUAUCAGUGUAGAAUAUUCCACAGCUACAUCAUAAUCCUAAGUGACUUUUAGAGGUAUGUGAACCUUGGCGUAAAUCUCGUUUUUCUUUUCUUUUGUAACUCUGUACAAAAAAAACAACAACAAAAAAAAGAGGAGAACGUUUCAAGCAUGUAAGAGACGCAUAGUGUUGACGUCCGUAACGAAAGUGGGACCCAAAACAUGUUGUUCACAUGAGAAAAAAAAAGGACUCCUGCCAACAAAAUAAAUGAAUAAAUAAAUAUAUAUAUAAAUAUAUAUAUAUAAAUUCUAUAUAUGAGAAAUUUGUAUUGUUUAUAUACAUUACAUGUGGUGUCUUAUCAUUUUUUGCUCUCUGCAAAAAGAAGAAAAACACAAUGAUGUAAUAAACCAAGACCGGUCACCGAGGCUCUGACAGCACAGCACUGUUAUGAUUUCCAGCCGAAACUGAUCAUUUUAAUUGUACAACCAACUGUAAUAUUGCAAAUGUGUGAGUUGCCAGAAAGACAGUGACGUUUCCUUGUCUCAGUAAAGCGACUGAUUGUAGUGCAUGCCAUGCCAUCCUUCGCUUCGAUCACAUCCGCCCACCGGGCCGAGCCGAUCAUCAGAUAUAGACCUCUCGUCCCUCAAA